GAGGAAUUUAUCCCUCAGAGAGGCAAUACAGUUACAUGGUACAACUGUGGUCCAACAGUUUAUGAUGCAUCUCAUAUGGGACAUGCAAGGUCAUAUAUUUCAUUUGACAUCCUUCGUCGGGUGCUCAUGGACUACUUCAAGUUUGACGUUUUCUACUGCAUGAACAUCACAGAUAUCGAUGACAAGAUCAUCGUAAGGGCUCGGCAGAACUACCUCAUGCAACAGUACAUCGACAGCAACCACAGCCCUGAACAAGUGCAGCAAGAUGUGGCGGCGGCUAUUAAGUUACUAGACAGCAAAAUUUCCAAUGAAACAGAUCCAGACAAGCACAACAUGCUGACCAAGGUCAAGGAGAAAGUGAUGGCCUUGGUUGACAGCGGAGAUGCUGGAAAAAAUGUGCGUUUGGAGGAAAUAAAAGAUAUUUUAGCACCUUGGUUAGACAAACAUAAGGGCUCCAAACUCACAGACAAUGACAUUUUCUCUGAACUACCAAAAUACUGGGAGGAGGAAUUUCACAAAGACAUGGAAGCCCUGAAUGUGUUACCAGCUGACGUUUUAACCCGUGUCAGUGAAUACGUCCCAGAAGUUGUGGACUACAUUGAGAAAAUCAUCCAGAAUGGAUAUGCAUACGAAUCCAACGGUUCUGUCUAUUUUGAUACUAAGGCGUUUGAUUCUUCACCGAACCACUUCUAUGCUAAAAUGGUGCCUGAAGCUUUUGGUGACAAAAAGGCUCUUUCAGACGGAGAAGGUGAACUGAGCAUCUCAGAGGAUAGACAGAAUGAGAAACGUAAUGUCACAGAUUUUGCACUGUGGAAAGCCUCAAAACCUGGCGAGCCUUCGUGGGACUCCCCGUGGGGAAAGGGGAGGCCAGGCUGGCAUAUAGAAUGCUCAGUAAUGGCCAGUAAUAUUUUGGGAGACUCCAUGGAUAUCCACACAGGAGGCUAUGACCUGAAAUUCCCACACCAUGAUAAUGAACUGGCCCAAGCAGAAGCAUAUUAUGGACAUGACCAUUGGGUCAGGUACUUUGUCCAUUCUGGGCACUUGACAAUUGAUGGGUGCAAAAUGUCCAAAUCUCUAAAGAACUUCAUCACCAUCAAAGAGGUUCUCAGGAAGUACACAGCAAGGCAAGUCCGGCUGCUCUACCUCCUCCACUCUUGGAAAGACACGAUGGACUACAGUGAGAAAACCAUGGAGGUUGCUCUGGAGUUUGAAAGAACUCUUAAUGAGUUCUUUCUAACUGUCAAAGAUUGCAUUAGAUCAGUACCUUCCUCUGGAAUCAACGCGUGGGCCAAGUGGACACAAGAGGAAGUGAAACUCAAUGAGAAGUUCAUGCAGAAACGUCAGGGAGUGCAUGAAGCUCUGUGUGACAAUGUAGACACACGAACUGCGAUGGAAAGCAUCAGGGAGCUGAUAUCAUCAGGAAACUCAUACAUCUCUACAGCAAGGUCACAGCAGAGGCAGCCUAACAGAACACUGCUGCUGAACAUAGCCAGUUACAUCACAGACCUGCUCAGG